AAGUCAUUUUUACACGUGUUCAAAUCCUAUUGCGUGAUGGAGUAGUGUACCUCCUCUUCUAUAAAUUGAUCCUCGAAAGUCGAAACCCUUACCUCUCCACCAUUGUUAUUCUCUUCUCUUCUAUUGACAAGCUUCAUCGUUCGAUCAAAAUCUUUCAAGAUGCAGAUUUUUGUUAAGACCCUCACUGGAAAGACAAUCACUCUCGAGGUCGAAAGCAGUGAUACCAUUGAUAACGUCAAAGCCAAAAUUCAAGAUAAGGAAGGGAUUCCACCUGACCAGCAGCGUCUCAUCUUCGCCGGGAAGCAGCUUGAGGAUGGCCGUACCUUGGCCGAUUACAACAUCCAGAAGGAGUCUACCCUCCAUCUCGUCCUCCGUCUCCGUGGUGGUAUGCAGAUCUUCGUGAAAACCUUGACCGGCAAGACUAUUACCCUCGAGGUGGAGAGCAGCGACACCAUUGACAACGUCAAGGCUAAGAUUCAGGACAAGGAAGGAAUUCCUCCAGACCAGCAAAGGCUUAUCUUCGCCGGAAAGCAGCUCGAAGACGGUCGCACUUUGGCUGAUUAUAAUAUUCAAAAAGAGUCUACCCUUCACCUUGUGCUCCGUCUGCGUGGAGGUAUGCAGAUCUUCGUUAAGACCUUGACUGGGAAAACUAUUACCUUGGAGGUGGAAAGCAGCGACACCAUUGAUAACGUCAAGGCAAAAAUUCAGGAUAAGGAGGGAAUCCCACCAGACCAGCAGAGGCUGAUCUUCGCCGGAAAGCAACUGGAAGAUGGCCGCACUUUGGCUGAUUACAACAUUCAAAAGGAAUCCACUCUCCAUCUUGUGCUGAGGCUUCGUGGAGGAAUGCAGAUUUUUGUGAAGACCUUGACUGUCCGGAAGACCAUCACUUUGGAGGUGGAGAGCAGCGACACUAUUGAUAACGUCAAGGCAAAAAUUCAGGAUAAGGAGGCUAUUCCUCUGGAUAAGCAGAGGCUUAUCUUCGCCGGUAAGCAGCUGGAGGAUGGAAGGACUCUUUCUGAUUAUAACAUCCAGAAGGAAUCAACCCUUCACCUUGUCCUCUGUCUGCUUGGUGGAUUCUAAAUGGGGCAUUGGAGUUCCUGGGUUGCCCUUUUAUUUUUUUUUAUUUUUUAAAAAUCUUCAACUUUAAAUUUUUUUUAUAAUGUAUAUGUAUAAUAUUUAUAUAUUUUGGAUAAGAAACGCACCCUAGUUUAUUUUA